UAGCUUUGCUCCGUUGAUUGCUCCUGGGCUGUCUGGUGGGGUUUAAUUUGUGAUAACUUCUAGAACAACUCACAGAUCAACGCCCUCGAUUCCGCCUGUGUUUCUGCCACUCUUCACUCAGCCAGCGGUGCAUAUCCGAUCAGGAAAACGUAUUGCAACCUGUGGAAUUUGGCAAAGAAGCUCAUUUUUUAGUUCUCUAUCAAGGAGAAAGUUUAUUAUGCUUUCAAAGCAGAUCCAACUGCAGGCAGAUUUUGCUGCUACAACUUUUUCUUAGGUGAAGAGUUCUUGAAUUUAGUUCCUGUUGGAGAUAGAUAUGCAACCCACAGGUGGUAAAGAUACCCAACUUCGUGAUAACAAUAGCCAGAAGGUCCAUCCACAACCCAUGGAAGAGGCCAUAAAUCAAAAUCCUGAAGCAUUGGAAGCACUAAUUUCUAGGAUUUUUACAAACAUUUCCUCCCUGAAGUCGGCCUACAUUGAGCUUCAAACUGCUCAUACUCCCUAUGACCCCGAUAAAAUUCAAGCUGCUGAUAAACUUGUGAUUUCAGAGCUGAAGAAUCUCUCUGAACUCAAGCACUUUUACAGGGAGCAUAAUCCAAAACCUGUUUGUGUCUCUCCACAGGACUCUCGCUUGGCCGCAGAGAUCCAGGAGCAGCAGAGUCUAUUGAAAACUUAUGAGGUUAUGGUGAAGAAGUUUCAGUCUGAAAUUCAGAAUAAGGACUCUGAAAUAAAUCAAUUGCAGCAGCAGAUCCAGGAGGCAAAUCAGAAGCGAGUAAAACUGGAAAAGAAUCUCAAGCUGAGAGGCUUGUCAGCCAAAGAAUCAGAAGGCUCAGGUGAUGAAAAUGCUGUCUUUUCUAUGGAUUUGACCCCUGACCUUAUCAAGUCAGCUGUGGAAGCUGCUUAUAAAGCCAUUCAUGAUUUCUCUAAGCCGCUAAUCAACAUGAUGAAAGCUGCUGGGUGGGAUCUUGAUGCAGCUGCAAAUUCCAUAGAGCCUGAUGUUGUUUAUGCUAAGAGAGCUCACAAAAAAUAUGCAUUUGAAGCCCAUAUUUGCCAACGAAUGUUCAGUGGUUUUCAGGAAGAAAGCUUUUCUCUGAAACUUGACAAUGUGACCAUGGAUAAAGGAAGUUUUUUCAACCAAUAUCUUGCCUUACGUGAUAUGGAUCCUCUGGAUGCUGUUGGGCAAAGCCCAGAUUCCCCUUUUGGAAAGUUUUGUCGGAGCAAGUACCUGGUGGUGGUUCAUCCAAAGAUGGAGGCUUCAUUUUUUGGCAACCUGGAUCAGCGAAACUAUGUGAUGGGUGGUGGUCAUCCAAGGACACCUUUCUACCAGGCAUUCUUGAAACUAGCCAAGUCUAUCUGGCUUUUACAUAGAUUAGCAAAUUCCUUUGACCCUAUGGUUAAGGUUUUCCAGGUCAAGAAGGGGAGUGAGUUCUCUGAAGUGUAUAUGGAUAGUGUAGUGAAAAAUUUUGUUAUUGAAGACGCUGACCAAAAGCCUAGGGUUGGUUUAAUGGUUAUGCCAGGAUUUUGGAUUGGAGGCAGUGUGAUACAGAGCCAAGUCUACUUAACAGGUGUGAUGGUUGCAGAAUGACUUUUGUUUGUACCAGUUGGAGUUCUGUCAAAACCUGCAUGUAUGUACUGUGUUAAUUUCUGUGUUAUUUCUGUAUUUGGUAAAAUGUUUCUGUUGUAUUAUCUGCAUUUGCUAAGUUGAUAUGAUAUGUGAUUGAAGUUACUAUAUUGAUAUGA